AUGGCGAUCUGUACUUAUAACGCACGUACGCUUGCAUCGGAAGCGGCCAUCGAAGAUCUGAUGAUGCAAGCCAAGAAGAUCAAGUACGACGUCAUCGGACUGACCGAGACGAGACGACGUCACCCUCUCAACGCCGUAUAUGAGACUGGAGAAGAACCGUUCUUAGGAACAUGCGACAGUAGAGGUGUUAGUGGAGUUGGCGUCCUCGUUAACACGAGAACGGCAAAGAACAUCGACUCUUUCGAACAGCUUACGACCCGAAUCGGACGUCUGCGGAUGAGAAGAUGUGGUCCAACACCAGCUUUGACUAUCUUCGUCGCUUACGCUCCAACAUCAAGCUACUAA